AUGAGCAAGCUACUUCUAGCUGCAGGUCUCUGUUUAACCCUUGGCAGCUUGGCAUCUUCCUCCAGACUGGGGUGUUACUUCACUAACUGGGCCCAACACAGACCUGGAGAGGGGAAGUUUGUGCCUUCAAAUAUUGAUCCAAACCUGUGCACACACCUGAUCUACGCCUUUGCUGCAGUUAAUGAUGCCAGUGAGCUGGUCCCUGUCGAGGAGAACGAUGAGGCAUUCUAUCAGUCCUUUAAUGCACUCAAAAACAGGAAUCCUAAUCUCAAAACACUGUUGUCGGUCGGCGGCUGGGCCUUUGGCACCCACGAAUUCACAAACAUGGUGUCAACCAAAGCCAACAGAGAGAAGUUCAUCCAGUCCUCUAUCAACCUGCUGAGAGAACAUGGCUUUGAUGGAUUAGACCUGGACUGGGAAUACCCUGGAGCAAGAGGAAGUCCUCCAGAGGACAAGCAGAGAUUCACGCUCUUAUGCAAGGAACUCCUAGAAGCCCUUGAGGCUGAGGGAAAAGCAAUUGGCCACCCCAGACUGAUGGUCACUGCUGCUGUGGCUGCAGAGAAGGAAGUCAUUGAUGCAGCUUAUGAAAUUGCAGAGAUUGCUAAAUACCUGGAUUUCAUUAAUGUCAUGACAUAUGACUUUCAUCGCACCUGUCAGAGUGUCACAGGACAUCACAGCCCCUUGUAUAAGGGAUCCAGUGACACUGGAGAUCAAAUUCACUUAAAUACAAACUUUGCCAUGAAGUAUUGGCGAGACCAAGGAGCACCUGCAGAAAAGCUGAACUUGGGGUUUGCUGCAUUUGGGCAAACAUUUAGGCUCUCUUCUGAUUCCAAUGAGAUUGGAGCGCCAGCAAACGGCCCUGCGACUGCAGGACGUUUCACCCGUGAGGCUGGCUUCCUGUCUCAUUAUGAGAUCUGCACUUUUCUUCAUGGGGCCAGCGUCCAUUGGGAUGACAAUAAAUACAUUCCAUAUGCCACCAAAGGAAAAGAAUGGGCUGGAUAUGACAAUGAGGACAGCUUUGAGAUUAAGGCCAGUUAUCUAAAGAACAAUAGGUUUGGAGGAGCCUUCAUCUGGGCUCUGGACCUGGAUGAUUUUUCUGGAAUGUCCUGUGGUCAGGGCAGCUACCCCCUCAUCAGCUACCUGAAAUCUCUUCUGGCUUCAGACUGCCCCUCCCCUCCAUGUGCGACCACUCCAAAUCAAGUGACUCUGCCUGAAGACACCAACCAACCAGAAACCACAGCUGGAGUCAAAACCACCACCACUGCUGCCUCUAAUGGGAUACCUGACAAUAACUUCUGUGCUGGAAAGCCAAAUGGCCAGUAUGCCUUUCAAGUUGCCUCCGCCUUCUUUUAUAAUUGUAACUACGGCAUGACUUGGAUCCUGAGAUGCCAAUAUGGACUGGUGUUUAAAGAAAGCUGCAAAUGCUGUCACUGGGCCUAA